GGCCUGCCUCCCGGCCCGGCCAUGGCGUCCUACUUCGACGAGCACGACUGCGAGCCCGGAGCCCCGACGGGGGACCCGCUGCCGCCGCGCCGCGCCCUGCUGGAGCUGGCCAGGUCCCUCUUCCACGGCCUGGAGAUCGACGUGGGCGCCCUGCAGGGCGGCGACUGGGACCACCGGCUUCCCCCGCCCGCCGCCAGACGCGCCGUGGAGGGGCUGCCCGAGGUGCGGGUGGCCGCCCCGCAAGCAGCGAAGGGGCUCCGGUGCCCGGUGUGCCUGCUGGAGUUCGAGGCGGAGGAGGCGGCGAGGCAGAUGCCCUGCCAGCACCUCUUCCACGCCGGCUGCCUCCUGCCCUGGCUCGGAAAGGUGAGGCGCGGGCGGGGAGGGAGGGGGAGAACAAGGAAUAACUGCUACGGGCAGCAAGAGGAAUUUCAUGGUUAA